AUGUCGGGACCUGUAGGUGAAUGGUUUUACUACGAAAGAUCAACGAGAUGGAGGGCAUGGGAAACUGGAAUCUUAUUGAUGGCUAUGGAUUUUACCACUAUGCAUGGCGAAUACCCCCUUUCAUUUGAGGACGUCAGCGACCUUGUUAUUAGCAUAUGUUUGAAGUUGAUUGACCAAUAUUCACCGGAGAGAUACUCAAUGCGCUGGACCUUAUAUUCAGAACAGCAUCACGGAGACACAGAGGAAGAGAUCGCAAAGGAUGCCUGGUCAAAAGAAGCUUGUCGGGAAGAAUGGUUCGGGGUCCAAUAUCGACCCAAAUCAGUACAACAAACAAAGGCUACUCUGAGGGUCUGGAUGAUUCCAGCCCUGAGACAAUUGAAGGAUGGUCCUCCUCCACCAGAUGGUGAUGAGGAUACGCGAAGGAGUGACUUAUUAGCUUUACGGCUUGCGGAAGCCGUCGAUCUUAGCCAUCAGCUACCUGGAGAAGGUCGAUAUCCCCUACCAAUAAUGUAUGAUUAUGCGGAACAUAUGGUAACGGAUUCUGUGGAGAGAUUGAUAGAAGUCCAUUCAGCUGCGAUGACACAAAGAGCCAAAGAUUUGGAUGCUGGAAUAUGGAGACACCCAUGCCAAGAUUGUCCUCAGGAGGAUCAGCAGGAUCAAGGCACUUGA